AUGAAGAGGAUGAGCAGUGGUGGGUUAGGGCAGAAAGGCCUCAGUACAUUACUCAUGGGUAGUCCAUUGGCAACCUUGGCUGUCCUCUGGUGUUUGGGAAUUGCUGGUGUGUGCGGCGCCAGAGAUGGCAAUCGGAACCCACUUCCCAGAGUGGUGUCGUCGUCAAAAGCCACGGUGACUCCUUUAGCGACGGGUGGCGCCAACUCCGGCACCUUUAGUGUGCUAAGCUAUGGAGCUAAGGGUGACGGAGUGACCGAUGACACCAAGGCAUUCUGGACAACAUGGGAGGCAGCCUGUAAAGCACAGGGAUCCACAAUGGUGGUGCCGAUCGGGGCCACCUGUCUUGUUGGUCCGGUCACUUUCUCCGGCCCUUGCUUAUCCAGGAUUACGGUUCUGGUGGAGGGGAAAAUCAUAGCUCCUACGAAUGCUGAAGCCUGGGGAUCAGGUCUCCUGCAGUGGUUGGAUUUCAGCAAUAUCCAGGGCAUUACAGUGACCGGUAAAGGCCUGAUUGAUGGAAAAGGUGCAGUAUGGUGGAAGCCGGUCUCGGUCUCGGUCUCGGUCUCGUCUACGGAUGAAUCAUCACUCGCUUCAAUGCCAACCACAAUACCGACGGCACUAAGGAUAGCAGACUCUCAGAACGUGGAAGUCGACAGCAUCACAAUUCAGAAUAGCCCCAAGAUGCACCUCAAGUUUGAUAAUUGCAACGGUGUUAAUGUCCAUGAUAUCACUAUUACAUCCCCUGGUGACAGCCCUAAUACUGAUGGGAUCCACAUUCAGAAUACCCAGGGUGUGACCCUUAGUAGCUCGAAGAUUGCUUGUGGAGAUGACUGUGUUUCGAUACAAACCGGGAGUUCUAAUGUGGUCAUAGACAACAUUAAUUGUGGACCUGGACAUGGAAUCAGCAUCGGAGGGCUAGGGGAAGACAAAAGUAAAGCAUGCGUCUCCAAUGUCACCGUCCAAAAUUGUUACAUACACGACACCUUGACUGGUGUUCGACUUAAGACAUGGCAGGGAGGCUCUGGCAGCGUAAGAUUGGUGAAAUUUACAAACAUUCAAAUGGCUGCGGUGAACACGGCGAUAGAUAUUGAUCAAUACUACUGUAACAACGAGCAAUCUAACACGUGCGGAAACCAAACGGCGGCCGUGAUUGUUUCAGACAUUGUGUUUGACAACAUAACAGGGACAUACACGGAUCGACCCAUGUCAUUUGCCUGUAGCGACACCUCGCCAUGCACAGGGAUUACCCUCAACAACAUACGACUCACUCCCCUCCAAAACACCCAACCAAAAGCUGCAUUCUGCUGGCAAGCCUAUGGUACUGGCACUAGCCUUAGCUGUUUAAAGCCCGACAAAUUCAGCAGACCAGUUGAGGCUCGCGACGCCUGCUGA